UUGUGGGUAAUGUAGGCGCCAGGUUUUGACAUGGAAGAAGGAUACGUCAAAUGUUAAAUGACAAUAUCUCUGGUUCUGUUGCAUCAAUUUUGAUUAUUUUUCCAAAAAAACGGUCCGCCGUGAGUGCGACAACGUUAAAGAAGUAUAUUGCUAGGUGGAGUACUCUUAAAUCAAUCACUAAGAAAUGGAAAGAGUAUGGCACAGCUGAAAUCUGCCUACAGCAGCCUAUCCUCAAACACUGAGCGUCCGGGAAGGAGGCUACUGAGGGAGGCUAACCGGAAACAUCUGAAUGAGUCGAAUGCUUCAGGAGCUGAGACUGGAUGGACGGUGGAUACGGCUGCUUGAGAGGAGCGUCCCCAGUCGCAGCUGGAUGAGAGAGAGGCAAAGAGAAACCCACUCUUGAAAAAAACUGACAUGACAUCUCAGCUACAGUUUGCCAGAAAGCAAGGAGGAGACUCUGAAGUCAGCUGGAACAAGGUUUGAUGACCAAGAAACGCCCGUCCUCUAGCACUAAGGCUGAGAGGUCCAAGAGGCCUGAAGUAGGACUGCAGUUAAAAUCUGCUUCUGGUCUCAGAAAGACGCACACGGACGACCUUUUGGCUAAGGAAGAACAAUACAAACUCUUAAAUGCAGAGCUAGAAGCCAAAACAUCAGUUCUAGUGAGACAGGCAGAACAACUUAUGAGAGAACAGAGUGAAGUUCUGUCAAAGCCCUUAUCCACCCUGCUGCUUACGGAUACUGAAGAUGAAGAGGAUUCAAGGAUAAUAAAGCCACGACAGUGCACUGUGCCGGAGCCCGGGGUGAAGGUGGUGACAAAAAAAAGGGUCACAUCAACAUCACAAACCAUGUGCACUGGAAAACAAGGAAAAGAGUCUCACUGUAAAACAGCAACCUCAAAGGUGUCUCAUGCAAAUGAGUUAGCAGCUGUAGAAGAUUCAGCUGAUUUUUUUCUGGCAGAGACGAUACAUAGCAUGGAGGAGAAGAUGAACGGCAGUGUCACGCAUGAAAAUGUUGUGGAUGAUCAUGAUGUGUCUAAUGCUGGAGACAAUGUAGGAUCAGGCAUUUCAGAUGCUCAAAUACGAGUCCUCAAGGCAAAACUACGGAUUAUGCAGGAAGAACUGGAUCAACUCUCAUGUGAAUAUUAUAAGAAGGAUGAUGAAAAUGCUAAGCUUAGUGCAAAAAUUAAGGAGAUUGAGGAGGAUCGAACCAGACUACAGAAGACCAUAAGCAUUCAGCAAACACAGAUUGAAAAGCACAGAGCUUUAGCAGAGGAGUCUGCUAAAAAAUGUGAUGGUCUUCAACUACAAGUGUCUGGUUUACACAAGGAAAUAGAAAAUCUGAAUAGAUCCAACAAACAAGCAGCAGCCAUCCACAGCACUGCAGAGGUUCGUCUGAACAGAGCUCUGGAGGAGGUGGAGAGGUUAAAGACUCAACUGAACAAGAUGAAACAAAUGAAUAAGGACAAGAUAAGUGAGGAACAUCAGAGUAAAGAAAAUCUACUUGCUGAAAACAAAAUGCUAAAAAAACAGAAAGCAGAACUCGUUGUGGGUUUCAAGAAACAGCUCAAGCUGAUUGACAUUCUCAAAAAACAAAAGAUGCAUUUUGAAGCUGCCAAGCUGCUGUCGUUCACUGAAGACGAGUUUAUGAAAGCUCUAGACUGGGGGAAGCAAUAAACACAGAGAUUCAGCACGUGAAGUACAAUGGG